AUGGGAUUACCUUUAGAUUUAGCCUUACGCGAACUUUAUUUUAACGUCAACGGUGGUUACAUGUCGAUGGAAAAAUUAUAUCGGGAUGCGAAAAAAGAAGGUGUCGAAGGAGUCACGCGAAAAAAUGUGAAAGAAUGGUUGGAAACACAAAAUACGUACAUCGUGCAUAAACCAAUCCAGACCCAUUUUAAAACUCAACGAACAUAUGUCGACGGACUUGCCCAACAGAUUCAAAUGGACUUGGUAGAUAUGCAAGAAUUUAGUCAUGCAAAUCAAGGAAACCGGUGGAUUUUAACGGUGAUCGAAAUUUUAAGUCGGUAUGCGUUUGCCGUUCCAGCUUAUCGAAAAGGUACGAAAGAUAUGGUUCCGGCUGUCGAACAAGUUUUAAAACAAUUUUACAAAAGAUUUGGACGUUAUCCAAAAGUAGCCCAGUUUGAUAACGGAACGGAAUUUUACAAUAAUGGGGUCAAGGCGUUAUUAACCGAACACGACAUUCAUUAUUUUUCGACAAGACUGACCGGUAAAAAAGCAGCGAUCGUCGAAAGAUUCAACAGGACAUUAAAAACAAGAAUGUGGAAAUAUUUUACGGAAAAGAAAAAGAAAUGGAUAGAUAUCUUACCGAAUCUCGUUAAUUCCUACAAUCAUUCCAAACAUCGAACAUCGGUAUGA